GCGCCGGCUACUGCCGGCUCAGAUCGCUCAAACUGUGGAGGAAGACGCUUUAUUUCACCGCUCCCUGGAUUAUUUUCGCUAAAGACUUUGCAAGCUCUUUUACUUUUUUUUCAGUUUUUCUUUUUGAAGGGGAUUUUGCUUGCCACCGGAAGCUCUUGGAAGAUUCAAGCUUCUUGGGAAGAUUUGGAGCUGUUUGGCUCGGAUUUUGCAAUUUCUCCCUGGGGACUGUCGUAGGGCGCAUCAUUGUGGAUUAUAACUGCACCAUGACGCUGGAGGAGCUCGUGACGUGCGACAAUGCGGCUCAGAAGAUGCAGACGGUGACCGCCGCGGUGGAGGAGCUGCUGGUGGCCGCGCAGCGUCAGGACCGCCUCACUGUGGGGGUGUACGAGUCGGCCAAGCUGAUGAAUGUGGACCCCGACAGCGUGGUCCUCUGCCUCCUGGCCAUUGAUGAGGAGGAAGAAGAUGACAUCGCCCUGCAGAUCCACUUCACGCUCAUCCAAUCCUUCUGCUGCGACAACGACAUUGACAUCGUCAGGGUGUCGGGCAUGCAGCGGCUGGCAGAGCUGCUGGGAGAGCCGGCUGAGACGCAGGGUGCCACCGAGGCCCGAGACCUGCACUGCCUCCUGGUCACGAACCCGCACACGGAUGCUUGGAAGAGCCACGGCUUGGUGGAAGUGGCCAGUUACUGCCAGGAGAGCCGGGGCAACAAUCAGUGGGUCCCCUAUAUCUCUCUGCAGGAACGCUGAGGGCCUCCUAGCCACAAAACCUGUUGCUGCCGAAAAUGAGUAAAUAAAUAUUUGAUCCCCUCCCCACCAGAACACCCCCCCAAAACAACCCAACCCAUGAGACCAUGGGGGCAGAGUCACUUGAGACUGAGGACGAGGAGAGGGGAAUGUGCGACCACCUCCCCCCGCAGGGGGACAGAGCCAGAAGCAUCUCCCGAGGUGGCCACCGAGAGAGGAGAAGUGGAGAAGCAGGGACCCGGGCCAGCAGGAGAAGGGGACCCGGGAGGCCAGGCCUCAGGGACGCAGCAGCCAGAGGGAGGAGCUGCCUUCUCCCAGUGUCACAGAGGGCUGGCACGGACACUGCGGGGAUCGGGAGAACCACGGAGUUCCCCACCCUUCUGGAGACCAGAGACAUCUGCAGACGAAAUGUGGAUGACCGAGGGCGAGCCCUCUGCAGGACUAGCAGCUGGGAGCUGGGGCUGUGCUGUUCUGUACCCAGGAACUCCCAGCUUGCAAAUCAGAGACAAUCUAUUUUGUUACUUUGCACUUCUUGUUACUCGGGGACCACUGAAAGAGCCGGGAAGCGUACAGACUUAUAUUUUUAUUUCUACUAUGCUGGCCUUGUAAUAAAUUUCUAAAGCUUC